CCCAAAUCUCUUCCAAACCCCCUAUUAAAUAAAACAUGGCACCCAAACGCCCCCGAGACACUGACUCGAACCCGGCCGCCAAAAACCCCACAGAAUCGCAGAUCAAAAAGCGAAAAGGCUUCUCCGUCGGGCCUGAAAACCUGCCCGAUGGAACCUAUCGUCGCAAGGCGCAAAAAAUCAAAGCCGACCUGAUCCAAAAAGCCAAAGUCAAAAAAGCCUACGCCAAGAUCAAAGCCGCGCAGGAAGCGGACGCUCCGCGGAAGCCCGCCUACACAACUGAAGAUGACCAGAACGGCGACGGGCAGAACAAUGAUGAUGCAGAACCCGUGUCCCUCGAUCCCCACCCGGAGCGCGUGGCGAUGAUGAACGAACCCGCGCGCCCCAAGCGAGCGCCUCUACCGGAGAAUCCGAUGCCGAACAUGAACCCCCGAGAUCGUCGGCAGCGGAAGCCGAAGAAGUCGGCGUUUGCGAAGGAGUUGGAGAUUGCGGAGAAGAGGAAGCAGGAGGUUGAGAGGCGGCGGAAGGAGCGCGAGUUUAGGCAGAAUGAUCGGGAGGCGAUGGCGAGGGCGAAACGGCCGGAUCAGAAUGGGAAGAGGAGGUUAGGGAGGGAGAGUAAUGUUUUGCUGAGUCGGGUGCAGCAUUUGGUUGGGGAGUCGUAGGAGAUUUCAAUUUUUUACUUUUUUUUUUUUUGUUGGAGAUGGUGGUGGAUAUAUGGGGAGAAAAA